AUGCUCCUUUCCAAAGAUUCGUGUCGAAAUACUCCACGGAUUUUAUCUACUGUUCUUUUGAUUCUAUUUACAAUAUGCUGUAGUUUAUCUGCCAUCCAAGCAGUUAAAAUAAGAGGGGUUGAUCAAUCUAAGGCGUAUUUAUAUGAACGCAAGGGAGACCACUGGACUUGCCUCGAUGGGUCAGCAGAAAUUCUAUACGAAGCGAUAAACGACGACUAUUGUGAUUGUAAUGAUGGUUCUGAUGAACCAGGAACUUCGGCGUGUCCAGAUAACCUCUUUUAUUGUGAAAAUGAAGGUCAUAUUCCCACUUAUAUUUCAUCAUCACGAGUGAACGAUGGAAUAUGCGAACCCGAGUGCUGCGACGGAUCAGAUGAAUACGGCGGACUUGUUCAGUGUUCAAAUGUCUGCGAUGCGGCCGGGAAGGCGUAUAGACAAAAAAUGAAGGAAUUGGCCGAUUUGCAUGCAAUGGGCGCGCAGACAAAGCAAGAAUACAUAGAGCAUGGAAAGAAGCUAAGAAGUGAGCGGGAAGCUAAUUUAGAAAAACUGCAGAUUGAAUUAUUAGCAGCGAAGCAAAGAGUUGAUGAACGGAAAGACCUAAAACACGAUCAUAAUCCCAAUUAUCAUGAUAUGGCCGUGAAAGCUGCCGUAUCUGGAUAUGAUGAGUUUGUAAACGAACGAGAUGAAUACCGUAUAUUUAAGGAUGAAGUUUGUAAUGAAGAAGAAGAGGAAUGUGAUGAUCAUUAUGAGAAUGCAGGUGAAGCUCAUUCUCUAAAUGGAUCGGGGCGGAUUCAUCUGCAGACCCAUCGUAUUAUACCAAACAAUUAUAUGAUAACGGUGCUCGAUGUUGGAACGGACCCGUGA